UGUAUGAAUCCAACGCUGAGUCACUGGACAAGGUCAAAGCCUCAUGGAGCCGCCGCCCUGCGAGCGGGCACGUGAUGCUCUCUACCGCAAUCGCGCUCUACUAAUCGGAGAGGACUACUACUAUCCCAAAAGCGUCAUCCUAAAAACUGUUCAGGACCUUGAUCUCAGGGGCCUGUUUUCUUGCAAUUGCGAUCGAUGCGACCGUCAUUUCCGCACGAUACACAGGCACAAUGAUCGAGACCGAGAGUUCCAGGAAAAUCGUCACAGGCUUCUUGAAGACUAUCUCACGAUCUACUGCCUCCUGGUAGUAAUUGACAGACCCGCAUUGAUCGGCAUUUUUAUCGCAAAAGGCGUCAGGCUCGAUGGAGAACAUUUUUUCACUGAGCCAGAUCUAAACUUCUUGUCGAAUGCGAUCGAGGAAGCCAAACUUGUUCAGCAUCUCAUCCUGCAUGAGCAGUGGAGGUUUCAGAUCAGGCCAAUGACCUUCUCCGAUCAGCCAAUAGAAUAUGCCCCGAACGAGAAAGUGCCAAUUCGAAGGGGCGAUUGCGUUGGUCAGGGACAGUUCGGAACCGUGUAUAAAAUAUCCCUUCCGUUCCCGGAAUACUUUUCCUCGAGCUCGACUGCGACGCCGCUCGGUCCUCUUGCUGCCAAAGUCUUCGACCGGGAAAAUUUCGACCUAGGGCGGACGGAGUGGAGCAACCUUUUACAUGUCAAUCAGAAAGAACAUCCGUGUUUCAUGAAAGCCUUGGCUGCUUUCUCCCACCGGGGGAAAUUUCACAUCGUUUUUCCAUUAGCUGACAGUACACUUGAAAGGGCAUUAAUGGAUACGUUUCCAGGUAUGGAUGCGAAAUCAAUUUGGAAUGCGAUCCUUGACAUGAUUCACGCUCUGGAUCACCUCCACGGCGAAGACAGCUCAACCAUUCACUCUGACCUUAAACCAACGAACAUACUAGUUCGUGAUGGCAGGUUUUUGCUCGCCGACUUUGGAUCUCUCCUACUUAUACAUCAGAUUCUGAAAAGGGUCCAGGGACCUAGGGACUAUUCGCCGCCCGAGUCCGGUAUUGAAUCCACGGCUUACGAUAUUUGGUCCCUCGCUGCUAUGCUUUUAGAAGUUGCCGUCUCAGAUCUACAAAAGUGGGAUGCGCUUCGAAGUUUUCGUACUGAGCGGAGAACUGAAGAUGACCCUUUUACCGGCUCUGAAAAUUUUCAUAAAAAUGGCCAUUUGAAGGGCGCGGUUCGUGCAAAAUUCAAAGAGCUUCUAAAGCUAGUAGAGCAAAGCAAGAGUGGAGAUGGGGGAAAACUAUCCCUUUGGCAAGAACGUUUCUACACCGACAAGUUUUUCGACCUUCUAGAUGACAUGUUCAAGCCAAAAGGUCAAAGGGACAAAAGACCUUCGGCCGGGGAGGUAGCUUUGAGUCUCAAGGACCUUAUAUGUGAAGCAUCAAAUGCUGAAGAGCAGCCUCAAUUGAAACCGGAUAUAUGGCGCUGCUAUCGCGGAGGGGUCCUAUAUCCGCCAAGUGUGCCGAAACUUGACGGCUUAUGUGCCUUCUUCAGGGUCGUUGAUGAGGAUCAAGAGGAGCGUCGGUGUGCGAUUUACUUCCGUCAGGAUUCCAAGAACCCCGUACUAUACAUUGCGCAUUAUCACCACGACAAUCAAGGCAAAAUAGUAGCAGAAGGUUUUCACCUCAAUCGUGAGAGAGUUGGGCACAAAUCCGACAUAAAAGACAGCCCCAUUAUCUGCGGCUUCUUUCCUUCGAAAGACGAUUUGACCAAAAUUACCGUCUUGGUCCACAAUAGCCACAGCUAUACCUAUCGGAUGCGAAAUAAAAUUGACGCCUUCAGAUUUCAGGGUCAACUGUCAGGAUUCUUAGUUCACGAUAAUCUCUCCAUACUAUUGCCAUCUUUCUGGGUACUCUCAAAGCGGACAAUGUGGCCCUGGUUCCUGUUCUCAAAAAAAGAUCCCACUAUAAUCAGCGAUAGCGUCGUUCAAAUUUGGACUGACAGAGCUGUACCAAGAAUUUCGCCAGAGAAAUCGGCCACUGGACCACGUCAGUCCAAAUUAAACAUGAAGCUAGCAAUGUUUUCGUCACACUUACUGUACUUAACAUACGUUUCCCCGGGCACGACAGUAGACGUUAAAUCCGAGACGUCGUUAAUCUUGCACAACGUUCAUCUUCGUGCAAUAAAUCUCCAGUCAGGAAUUCCCCCCAACGUUCGCGCAUCGCACGAGUUCAGCCCAAAUCAGGAGACUCAAGUCAAUUUUCGCACAGCAGACGAUCGCGACUCGUUCCGGCGAAAAUUUAACGUUGUAUUCCAAGAAUGGAAAGAUGACGCACAUCAGCUUCGAGUCGCAAACCAAGAUGAAGAAUAUCCAUGAUAAUCCCCAUACGUGGCUGUAAUACAAGCCGACAUUCAAUACGUUCGAAUCAUACGGCAUCAAUUCAGGAUAGCAUGUUAUUUCAGGUGGAUUGUGCUUUUACAAUUGUUAGUAAGUUUGGUAUUUUGUAUGGGGUAUGGACCUUACCAUUUUUUUUUUUAAAGAACUGGUGUUAUCUUCCUUCUUCCCUGGUGGACUACGGACAUUAGGAGUCGUAAAGUCCUGUAAUAGCACGUAGGCGAAACUGCUGAAGAAGAAAUAGACAACGCCUGUGAACCAACUCCCAGUGAAGAUAGAUUUCAUAGACCGUAUCUGCUUCACUUGGUAUAUACAACGGAUGGGCUCAAGUAUAGGAAGCACAACGUGAACGGAGCAUGAAAAAACCAAAUUGGAAAAGAAUCGUCAACUGUUCCAAUGGGCACGACACAAGAUCCUCCUUUCUGCUCCAAACAUGGAAAAGCUAGC